UAAAUAUCCUGCACAUAACAACAAACGGAGCAGUACAGUGCGCAUUAAACGUUACCCGCGAUCUGGCCAGCUAGCCAAUUCUCCACGAUGAAGACCAUUCUGCUCGUAGUUGCUUGCCUUCCAGCGCUAGCAUUCGGACUAGCGGUACGACCGUGCGCCAACAAUGCUCCCAUUCCGCAGGAUGUUCGCGUGGUCGGCUGCACGGUGGAACCGUGCGUGAUUCCGAUCGGAGGUAUGGUCGACAUGGACUGUGACUUUGUUUCGCCCCGUGCCACGCAAACCGUACAGGCCACGCUCGACAUCUUUCUGGGAGAUUUCCGCGUACCGUACGAUCUGCCCGCUGCUCAGCAGAAUGCAUGCAAUUUCUUCGAGGAAGGAAGCUGUCCGGUGACCCAGGGCGAGUUCAUCAACUACCACCUAAACACACCGGCGGCGGCACCGUUCGCGGGCAUCACUGUCGAUCUGCAGCUCCAGCUUACCGACGAUAACGGAGAACCACUGUUCUGCUUCCGUUCGUCUGCUCAGAUUGUGGCUGUGUAAAGCUUCGCGCUAUAGUAGUGCUUGGUAGCAUGUGGAUGGAUAGUAAAAUUUAAAAGCAUAAUAAAAUGGACCGGUCGGGUUUGAGGAAAACCCGUUAAUCGGUAUUUUGUACCCAUUGUACGUGCCGCCAUCAAA